AAAGGAUCAGGUUGCGCACCGGGUGGUACUGGUAUUAUUUACAACCGGAAAGAGACCAUUUACAGAUUGCGAUGACACCCCAGCCCAUAGUUUCUACAUUGCGCAGUGGUGUGAGUUUCUGGCGACAUCGAAGUGUUUUAGUAAAGGCUUUAAGGCUCCAGGCCUUGGACUUUCGAAGCGUGCGUUGUCGGUCUACCUCGGCACCUGGUACUGUCAGAUCCAUGGAGGACAUACUGACGAGGGUUGUGGUACCGUUACCUACAUAUGAGACGAGAGAGAAGUCCCCGCCUCCACCCGAAUCGAACAGUGUGGAAUUUAUGCAUUUCUACAAAAGCCUUGAAAAGGAAGAGAAGUCACAAUUACUAGCAACGUUAUCACACGAUUUUGGUGUGGACCACAAAGGAGUUUCAGAGCUCGCAGGCAAGCUGCUCGACACUCAGUUAAGGGACUUGGCUACAAUAUUGCAAGUAGAGGACAGGUUACGAUACAGUCUGACUCCGCGCUAUAAACAGUUGCUUAAUCACAUAAGCAGGGUUGAGGGGGGAGUGAAGUUCCUGGUGGACCUACGUGCCGAUCUGCUUGAAAUAAUAUCAUCUAAAGGAAGUGACAGUCCUCACAUUCGGGACCUGAAUGGCACUCUGAAGAGUCUGCUGUCGGAGUGGUUCUCUGUGGGUCUGCUGCGUCUGGAGAGGAUCACCUGGCAGUCCCCCUGCGAGAUACUGCAGAAGAUCAGCCAGUACGAGGCUGUCCACCCUGUGAGGAACUGGACCGAUAUAAAACGUAGGGUGGGGCCGUACCGUCGCUGCUAUGCUUUCACUCACGCUGCCAUGCCAGGGGAACCACUGGUCGUCCUGCAUGUGGCACUCACAGAGGACAUCUCUGAUAACAUACAGAGUAUCGUGAGAGAGUUGGCUACCCUGGACUUGGAGGAGGAUGUGAACAAGGUCAACACAGCAGUGUUCUACUCCAUCUCCUCCAGCCAGGCUGGCCUGCAGGGGGUCGAGCUGGGGAACGUUCUCAUCAAGAGAGUGGUGCGGGAGCUGCAGAGUGAGUUCCCCCACAUGUCCCAGUUCUCCAGCCUGUCUCCCAUCCCGGGCUUCUCCUCCUGGUUACUGGGCCUGCUCAGCCAGCACCGGAAGGAGGGCCGCAUGGAGCUGUUAACUGAACGUGAGUGGAGGGAGGUGGCAGAUGUCACAAACACAGCCCCCGAUACCAACGCCCUGGAUGCCCUGCGUAAGCUGAUCAGCACUGGCGAGUGGACCCGCUCUGAACGCCUGGUCCACGUCCUGGAGCCUGCCCUGAUGCGCCUCUGUGCCUGGUACCUCUACGGAGAGAAGCGGCGCGGCUAUACCCUGAACCCUGUGGCCAACUUCCACCUGCAGAAUGGUGCCACCAUGUGGAGGCUGAACUGGCAUGCAGACACCAGCCCCCGGGGAGUGGCCAACUCCUGUGGCAUCAUGGUGAACUACAGAUACUUCCUGCAGGAGACCCCGUCCAACAGCGCUGCCUACAUGCACAACAAAGUCAUCACAGUUACAGAACAGGUGCUGGGCUUGGUCUCACAGUUUCAGAAGAACAGCAAACUCUGAGCUCCAUGGACACCCAUGUACACGCACACACACACUUGGUAUCAAAGAUGCCUCUAGGUCCAGGACUGGCUGACUUUACGGCUCUGAUCUAAUGUGCCAAAACAAAACACGUUCAAAACAUGGAGACAAUUUGUGGAAUGAUAUUCAUUUAUUUUGUUAUUUUCUUUUUACAAUCUAGCCCAUGUAGCGCAUGGAUUUUCCUCUCCCUUCCUUCCUGGGGUGGGUAUGUGGUGUUAUCAUCUCCGAUAGACUCCCGGUGUUUUAUGGUGUGAGAGACUACAGCUAAUGAAGCGAGAGACAUUUACAGUGCCUUGCAAAAGUAUUCAUCCCCCUUGGCAUUUUUCCUAUUUUGUUGCUUGUAAUUGUUGCUUGUAAUUGUUGCUUGUAAUUGCUUGUAAUUGUAACUUGUAAUUGAAAUGGAUUUUUAUUUGGAUUUCAUGUAAUGAACAUACACAAAAUAGUCUAAAUUGGUGAAGUGAAAUAAAAUAAAAAACUACUUUCAAAAAAUGUAAAAUAUUUUAAAAAUGAAAAAGAGGUGCGCGCAUAUCUAUUCACCCCCUUUGCUAUGAAGCCCCUAAAUCAGAUCUGGUGCAACCAAUUACCUUCAGAAGUCACAUAAUUAGUUACUUAGAUUCCACACAGGUGGACUUUAUUGAUCACAUGAUCUGUGAUCUCAGUAUAUAUACACCUGUUCUGAAAGGCCCCAGAGUCUGCAACACCACUAAGCAAGUGGCACCACUAAGCAAGCGGCACCAUGAAGACCAAGAAGCUCUCCAAACAGGGGCAAAGUUUUGGAGCAGUACAGAUCGGGGUUGGGUUAUAAAAAAUAUCAGAAACUUUGAACAUAGCAAAAAAUUGAAAGAAUAUGGCAUCACAACAAACCUGCUAAGAGACGGCCGCCCACCAAAACUCACGGACCAGGCAAGGAGGUCAUUAAUCAGAGAGGCAACAAAGAGAUCAAAGACAACCCUGAAGGAGCUGCAAAGCUCCACAGCGGAGAUUGGAGUAUCUGUCCAUAGGACCACUUUAAGCCGUACACUCCACAGAGCUGAGCUUUACGGAAGAGUGGCCAGAAAAAAAGCCAUUACUUAAAGAAAAAAAUAAGCAAACACGUUUGGUGUUCGCCAAAAAGCAUGUGGGAGACUCCCCAAACAUAUGGAAGAAGGUACUCGGGUCAGAUGAGACUAAAAUGUAGCUUUUUGGCCAUCAAGGAAAACGCUAUGUCUGGUGCAAUCACAACACCUCUCAUCACCUCGAGAACACCAUCCUAACACUGAAGCAUGGAGGUGGUAGCAUCAUGCAGUGGGGAUGUUUUUCCAUCAACAGGGACUGGGAAACUGGUCAGUAUUGAAGGAAUGAUGGAUGAAGCUAAAUACAGGGAAAUUCUUGAGGGAAACCUGUGUCAGUCUUCCAGAGAUUUGAGACUGGGACGGAGGUUCACCUUCCAGCAGGACAAUGACCCUAGCAUACUGCUAAAGCAACACUCGAGUGGUUAGAGGGUUAACAUUUAAAAGAUAGGGCUGUCUGCUGCCCCCUUUGGAGGAAUUGCGUGCCCAUAGUAAACAGAAAAAAAUCUGUCAGAAAUUGCUAAUAUAUGCAUAUAAAAAAUAUUAUUGAAUAGAAAACACUCUAAAGCUUCUAAAACCGUUUAAAUUAUGUCUGUAUGUAAAGCAGAACUCUCAGGGCAGUCAUUCUCCCAAACUCUCUCUUGUCAUCAUAAAAGUUGGCCCAACUUUGACGUCAUCGCCCCCACCCUUCCCAAGCACCUACAGACCCAGGAACAGUUUCUAUGUCUUCAGCGCGAUGUCUGCUUACAAUGGGGCUUCUCAUGUGGUAAAUUUGGGUUUCUGUGGACUCCAAGAUAGAGGGGCCAUAAUGUUAAUUUCUGAGCGCCGACUCAUAUUAUAGCCUAGUGAACGAAUUCUGUAACGUUAAAAAUAAAUGUAACACAGCGAUUGCAUUUAGAAGAAGUGUAUCUUUCUAUAUAUAUGUAGAACAUGCAUAUUUAGUCAAAGUUUAUGAUGUGUAUUGCUUGUUAUCUGAUGUUAUCUGCCGGAGCUAUUUCAUUUCUCAGGACAUUUGAGUAGCAUUUUUUGAACAAUGCGUCAAUGUAAACAGAGAUUUAUGGAUAUAUAGUAUAUUAUUGAAAAAAACAAAUGUACUGUGUAACAUGUUAUAUUACUGUCAUCUGAUGAAGAUUUCAAAAGGUUAGUGAAUUAUUUUUCUUUUAAUCCUGCGUUUGUUGAUUGCAUAUUUUGUUCAACUUGGCUAUGCAAAUUAGCUGUGUAUUCAGUGGUGGUUUGACAUAAAUAUGUGCUAUGUUUUCAUCGUAAAACAUUUUAGAAAUCUGACUUGCUGGGUAGAUAAACAAGGUGUUUAUCUUUCAUUUGAGCUAUUGGACUUGUUAAUGUGUGGAGGUUAAAUAUUUUUAAUAAUAUUUUUGCGUUCCAUGCGCCACCUUCCAGCUGAAUGUGGGAGGGGCUCGUUCCCAAAUGGGAACACUGAAACUCAACAGGUUUUAAAUGUCUUGGAAUGGCCUAGUUAAAGCCCAGACCUCAAUCGAAUUGAGAAUCUGUGGUACGACUUAAAGAUUGCUGUACACCAGCGGAACCCAUCCUACUUGAAGGAGCUGGAGCAGUUUUGCCUUGAAGGAAUGGGCAAAACUCCCAGUGGCUAAAUGUGCCAAGUUUAUAGAGACAUAUCCUAAGAGACUUGCAGCUGUAAUUGCUGCAAAACGUGUUUCUACAAAGUAUUGACUUUGGGGGGGGUGAAUAGUUAUGCACGCUCAAGUUAAUUUUUUUUGUAUUAUUUCUUGUUUGUUUCACAAUAAAAACAUAUUUUGUAUCUUCAAAGUGGUAGGCAUGUUGUGUAAAUCAAAUGAUACAACAACAUAAUAGGAACAAUGCCAAGGGGGGUUGAAUACUUUUGCAAGCCACUGUAUCAGGCCGUGCCAUGUUUCUACUUGACAAUGUGUGUGAUGCUGUAGCACAGCAAAUAGGCUGCAGAGCUAAUAGAAUAAACCAUGUUUUGAUCAUUUGGCUGAUAUGUUGAGCUGCAAAGAGGCGUGUGUGUGUGUGUGUGUGUGUGUGUGUGUGUGUGUGUGUGUGUGUGUGUGUGUGUGUGUGUGUGUGUGUGUGUGUGUGUGUGUGUGUGUGUGUGUGUGUGUGCAGAGCCGGGCAGGUAAAAAAGGGAACAUACACCCACAUUGUAUAGAAUUUUGUACAGCAAUACAGUAACAUAUUGUCUCGAACACUGAUUGUCACCCUACAAUCUCUACUAAUCAGUUAAUUAGUCUACAUCUACAUUGCUUGCUGUUUGGUGUUUUAGGCUGGGUUUCUGUACAGCACUUUGUGACAUCAGCUGAUGUAAGAAGGGCUUUAUAAAUACAUUUGAUUGAUUGAAUUACUAAUGAUCAAUCAGGCUAUUCUUUAAUGAGCUGUACUCGCAAGAGAUUACAUUUUUUAAAUGUAAUUUACAGUAUAUGUAGAAUUGGUUCUUGUCUACAAAAAGCUAAGUCAUAUUUCAUACCAAAAUGUGUUCAGUUGCCAUGGCUGACACCAUAGUAAUUGCAGAGGGUGUUUGGAAAUGUUUGCUACCUGCCACCACUCACUCCCCCCUAGAGACACAUAUCUGAUGUACUGCUACACCAAAGUACUGAACCAAGUGGGACUCAUAUCUGCCCCCACUCUAUUGUUUUGAAAGACUAUAUCACAGCAAGUUGACUGUGAAAUUACAUUUUAUCUCUCAAAGGAGCCAAACUUUUUUCCCAAGCCAGCCACACAGUGUCCCAGAAACUAAUGAAGUGAGAAAUAAAGUUAAAAUAAAUGGAAAGAUUUAUAGCAUUCCCUGUAAAGCCGGGAAGGAAAUCAGAGAGCAUAAAAGGACACUGUUUAUAGGAUGCCCCUGAGAAAGCAUUCCUCUCGUGAGACAGACAGGGAGGGUGGACACCUGCUGAUGCUCCAGUGCAAAGUCCAAGGCUGUCACACCCACAACCAUGGAUGAGAUUGUGAAUGGAAACAACAAUGACAUAUCCCUACCUUUCCACUAAGCAAAGAAAAUAUCCACUGCUCUAUCAAUUCAACAACAUAGAUGGAUGGAUUUCUGUGGUGUUUAUUCUUGAAUGACAUUGAACUCAAGAACUGGAAAAGUUGUCAAAGAACUGGAGCACUGAGACAACAGAGAUAUCCCAACAUUGCAUUUCCACUUUAUGUCCUUCAUUGUCAGACAAGGGAAAAGAGCUACAGAGCAUGUACAUGUACUUGAAUUGAUUUGAUGUGUGAAUAAACCUGUCAGUUGCGUUAAUGUAAAUUUAGUGUGACGGGUAUAUAUAUAAUAUGCCCAUGGUCUCAUUCACACAUUGCACACACACAGUGUGUGUGUGUGUGUAUGCGAUGUGUGAAUGAGAGCAUGGGCAUGUUAUUGCCAUCAUUAUAGGCUGAUAACUUCUAUUUGAAUAGAACACUGCACGAGAGGGGAUCAUCUUAGAAGCAUUUUUGAAUACCGUAGAAAAGCUGAUUUAUUCUAGGUACCUCUCAACGAAUUACAAGACCUGUCAGUCACAGCAUUACAUUCGUAUUGAAGUCCUGUAGACAUCUCACUCUCUAUUCAGAAUCCAUCUCAUUUGGCACACACUAUUUGCUGCUGCUUUAACACACACAGAUGCGCACGCACACACACACACACAC